CUCCUAACUAACCAUAUCAGCCUACCCCAGAAACAAUCAAACGACCUAUCUAUCCCACGCAACCAAAUGCCAUGCAUGACCGGAUAGACCUACCGGACCAAAGACGCGACGCCAAUCACCAUUCGUUAUGCAAGAAAAGAAACACCACUCCAUCUGCUCGUAGACGAUAUCAAUACCAAUGCCAUGCGAUGCCAGGCCAUGCCAUGACGUGACUCCAAACAGGAGAGAGAUAGAGAGAGAGCAUAAACCAGAGAUAGAGCCAAAUCAGGCAUACCCAACGCCAGCUAUAACGCAGCCAGUCACAAGGGGAAACAAAACAAAACAAAAACAGAAACAAAAAGAGUGAGAAAUGGAAAGGGGGAAAAAAAAAAGCGCAAGGUAUUACUGUCUCGCGCUCCGAAUAUUCCGCGAUCCCCGACGCCUAUGCCCACCACCACCGCCAUUGUAAUUAUCAUCAGCAACAGGCGUC